CCAGAGUUUACCAGCUUAGAAGAGUGCAAGGUUCAACACACCGAAAUCGCCCCCUUUCCCACAUUUUCCUAUCUUCCUCUCUUCUUACUCUAGACUUCCGAAUCUCUCCAUCCCCAUCACCACACUGCUAUACCUCCAUUUCCUUAUCAAGCAGAUUCCUUCACCAUGUCUCCUUCUAGAGUUCCUCUACCAAACAGUACUUUGGACCGUUUCCCCCAUAUCCAUGAUAAUCCUUCCACCCUUCCUCGAUCCUUGGACCCUUUCACCAUCACAACCUCCACAGGUUUCCUGCCGUAUCUCACCUCCCCUACCAAGCUGCCCUCUGUCUUCCAGCCUUUGAUGUCACUGCUCGAACGUCUCCCUGUUGUCAAGCAAGACGGUUCUCCGGGACUUCUCGCUCUAUAUGAGCUAGGUCCCGCUGUGUUGGCUGAGCUUCCAGACCUGACCGAGGAGAUUGACAAGCUGGUGACUUCCGAGGGAGAACUAGAUCUGUACAUGAUCACCGCCGCAUUUCGCGACUACUCUUUCCUUGCCUCGUCGUAUCUUCUCGAGCCAUGCUGGGAGAGCUGGUGCAAGAACCCUGACCAGGGCUAUGGACUCGGACGGGACGUGUUGCCCAAGUCUGUAGCUCGUCCGAUGUACCACUGUGCCCAGAUUCUCAACAUUCCUCCUUUCAUGUCCUACGCAGCUGCGUACUCACUCUUCAACUACACCAUUGCGGACUCAUCCAAGGGCCUAACCUACUCUAACUUGCGGCUUGUCCGUGCCUUUGAGAAGGGUCUCGACCCCAAGAGUUCCGAAGCUGGCUUCAUUCUGACCCACGUGGACAUGGUGAAAGAGUCCAACGGCCUCAUCAGCGGAGCACUGAAGGUGGUCGACAAUGUCGAGCAGGGUUUACGCUCGGUGGUAAACGACGGGUUCCGCGAGAUUCUAGCCUCGAUGGAGAAGAUUGAAGCCUCAAUGGAAGACAUGUGGGCCAACUCCAAACCCCACGACUACCUGUCCUUCCGCGUCUUCAUCUUCGGAAUCACCAACCAAUCCAUGUUCCCCAACGGCGUCGUCUACGAUGGAGUUCUCGACAACCAGCCCCUCUUCUUCCGCGGCGAGAGCGGCGCCAACGACAGCAUGAUCCCCCUGCUGGACCACCUCUGCCAAAUUCCCAUGCCCUCCACUCCGCUCACCAAAAUCCUUCACGAAUUUCGCGCCUAUCGCCCCCUCCCUCACCGCGAAUUCCUCGCCUACAUGAACUCCAAAGCGGAGGAAGUCGGCACCCGCGACUACGCCGUCCAGGACACCGAGACCGCCAUCCUCUUCCUCAAGACCUUGAACCAUGUUCGCAGCUUCCGGUGGCGGCACUGGCUGUUCGCGCGCGAGUACAUCAUCCGUCGUACCCCGCAUCCUACCGCUACCGGGGGUAGUCCCAUCGUUACUUGGCUUCCUAACCAGUUAUCUGCUGUCAUGGACCUGAUGAUUUCGGUCUACGAUACUUAUCUUGCGCCGCAAAAGGGCGGAGGGGGUGCGACUGGGCCGGAUGGGCAGACGGGGUAUGCUGAUGAGGCAUACCUGAAGCAGGUAGAGCCGAUGAUGGAGAUGGUCAGGGAUCAGAGAGAGAAGUUGGCCAGGGAGGUGGAGAGAUGGUGUAAGGAGAGAGGGGUUUGAAGGCGGGUUUUUGGAGAACUGGCUCAUCGUAUCAUACCCAAGAUGUACAUUGGUCGAAGCGCAUACUGAUUUAGGGCUCUUGUUGAUGGGCACUGGGAUUCAUAUUAUUGAUAUCGAUAUGAGGCAGAGCGAAGUAUUUCGUUUGUACUAAGGUGGAAAUCAAUGAGAUGAUCAGGAGAUGAUGUAGCU